CCCUCCAUCCCUCUGAGGGGUCUCCCGUGUCCCACGUUGGCGACUCGCCCAAAUCCCGUCCCCGGGGAGGCCCCCCUCCUCCUCGGCGGCUCCUGGGAAGCUCAGGCCUCGGGACGCCCCCGGAUCCCGGGGCUCGGAGGGGCCUCCCAGGGCCUCCAGGCCCCUCCCUGGCCUUCCAGCAUGAAGGAAGAGCCUCGGCCAGAGUGCGUGUGCGUCUGUGGGGGGACUCGAACCCGGCUCUCCCGAUGGCUUGUUCCACUCCCUUCUGGCCGAGCCAGGGAGAUUAGUCAGGGGAGAAAGAGCGGAGAAGGCCCGUGGGAUGGGGGCUGGAACGGUGGCCUCUGCUGCGGGACUCCGGGGUCCCCAGGACGGAAGCCCUGCAGGACGCCCUCCCCUCCCCCAUCGCUGUCGGAGCGGCCCUCCCCGGGCCUCGUGGGGUGGCCCCGCGCCGCGGAGCUUCCCAGGCUUUCCAUUGGCCGUCGCGCCACGCUGGUCCGGGCAUCCCCCAGCUGACCGGCGCCCCUUCAGCUCCUGGUUCUUUGCCCCCCAGAGCGGCUCUCAGCACUUUUGGGCGGACGCCGCGGCGUGGGACCCCCGUGGGACGGGGCGCUAAAGCUUGUGUGCUGGGACUGCGAAGGCUCCGGAUGGGCCCCAGAACCGCUCCGAAUUUCACCUCUGUGGGGCCUUGGGCCAAGGCCUCCGCUCCGGGCCUCAGUUUCCUCGUCUGUAGAAUGGGGCGCCGGACUCUCUGAGGGCCCUUCCCGCCGGGGCGCCCAUGAAGGGGACGCUUGGGCUGGGCUGGGGGGAGGGCUUGGGGUGACCCCGGAGGCUCCCUCUCCGAUAGGGGAGAAUUAGGGGAGGCGCUGUAGAGGAGGGCGCGUGGCAGGCCGCUGGGGCAUCUCACGGCUCAGAAACCUGGCUCGGGGCCUGCCUGGGCUAACCACCGGAAGGAGGAAGCGGCCGGGUGUCCCCUUCCCCCUGGGGACUUCCUCUUCUCCUCUGGGGCAGGUGUAGCCGGCGGCGGCGUCUGGGACCCAGGAUGGCCGGGGGCGUCGGGGCCAGGCUCACAGACUUCCUGAAUGGGAGUCUGGCCACCUGGGUGCAGGGCCUGGCAGGGCUGGUCGGGGAGCGCCGAGAAGAGGAAGAUGAGGAGGAGGAAGCAGAGGAGCCCCUGAGCCCCGAGGGUCACUUCCUGAGACUCAGCGACGGGGCUCUGCUGCACCGGCUCAUGGGCCUCAUAGCCCCCAGCUCCCGAGGGGGCUUCGUCCUGGAGGAGUUUGGGGGGGGCCCCGGGGCUCUCCGGGUUGAGACGCCUGAACCACCUGCAGUCCCGCUCAGAGACUUCUACCAGGAGGAGCUGCAGCUGCUGAUCUUGGUGCCCCCGGACCUCCAGAGGCUGGGCUUCGAGCCCCUCUCAGAGGAGGCCAUCGAGAAGCUGGAAGAGGUCCUCAAGCUGAUGCUGGGGGCCUCGGUGCAGCGCCGGGAAUUCUUUAUUCGGCACAUCCAGGGCCUCAGCCUCGAGGUGCAAAGCGAGUUGGCGGCUGCCAUCCAGGAGGUGACCCAGCCAGGGGCGGGCAUGGUGUUGGCCCUGGCAGCGCCAGAGCCAGGAGAGCUGGCCCUCCCAGAGUUGGAGCUGCUCGUCCGCAGCCACGUGGAGGCCUUAGUGAAGCUGGCCAGGGAGCGGGACCGGCGGCCCAGGGAGUGGGGGCUGAGGGCCCCCGUGUUGUCCGGCCCUGGAAGCUGGGCCAGGAGUCCGGUUGGGCAGAAAGAAGGGCCUCCGCACUCUGAGCUCUCCUGGUGCCCAUCCCUGCCCCUCCGGCUUCCGAAAGCUGGGACGGAGUGCGAGCGGCGCGCCGGGCAUCCGUCCUCUCCCUUCCCGGGCAGGGCGUGCCAAGCUCUGGAAAGACGUCUGGAAGAAGAGAGUCGGGCCGCCCUGGCUGCCAAGAGUGAGGAAAUGAGGGCCCUGAAGGCCAGGGUGCGGGGCCUGGAGGAGCAGCUCCAGCGCCAGGCUUCCUCGGGGCUCAGGGCAGAGGAGGCUCACGGGCCUGGGGGAGCCAAGGAAGCCCCCUCUGCGGUGGAGGUGAUGCAGGAGACCCUGAGCGGGAGGCUCAUCACAGUGGAACGCAGUAACGCAGCCCUGGCCGCCGAGAAGGCUGCCUUGCAGGGACAGCUGCGGCAGCUGGAAGGACAGGUGGGGACUCUGCAAGGACGAGUCCAGGAACUGCAGCUACAGAAUCAUCAGAGUCAGGAGUAUAGCAGCCGCCUCCAGGCAGAGAAAGCCGUGCUGGAGACACAGGGCCAAGAGCUGCGGGAGAGGCUGGGGGCUCUGGACAAGGAGGUUCGAGGGGCCCGGCAGGGGCAGGAGGAGGCACGGGUCCAGCACCAGGCGCUGCUCCGGGACCAUGAGGCUUUGGGGCGGCUGCAGCAGAAGCAAGAGGUUGAGCUGGAGGGACUCCUGGGCCGGCAUCGGGAGCUGAAGGCCACGCUUAGAGAGCUGGAGCUGUCCCACAAGGAGCUGCAGGGCAGGCAUGAGCAGCUGCUGGCCCAAAGGGCCCAGAUGGAGGCCCAGGAGGUGGCUCUGCAGGGGGAACGGGAAAGGCUGGCCCAGGACAGGCUGCAUCAGAAGGGCCUGGAAGAGGAGCUCCGUCGGCUGCAGAGCGAGCAUGAGAGGGCCCAGGUGUCCUUAGCUGAUGCAUCCAGGGAGCGUGGGGAGCUCCAGGGGGAACGGGGUGAGUUGCGGGGCCGGCUGGCCCGGCUGGAGCUAGAGCGAGCGCAGUUAGAGGCUCAGGGCCAGGGCCUCCGGGAGGCCAACCAGAGGCUGGACCUAAGUGUCUGCCAGCUGACCACCCAGUGCCAGCUGCUGACCGAGCUGAGGGCUGCACAGGAGGAAGAGAAUCGGCAGCUGCUGGCUGAGGUUCAGGCUCUGAGCCGGGAAAACCGGGGUCUCAUGGAGCGGAGCCUGGAGAGCCGGGACCACCUACACAGAGAACAGCGGGAAUACCUGGACCAGCUCAAUGCUCUAAGACGAGAAAAGCAGAAGUUGGUGGAAAAGAUCAUGGACCAAUACCGGGUGCUGGAGCCGGGACCCCUGCCCCGGACCAAGAAAGGCAGCUGGCUGGCCGACAAAGUCAAAAAGCUGAUGAGACACAGGAGGGAAGGUGGCCUCCAGGGAGGACCCCGGCCGGGGAUUGAGGGAGCUGGCAGCCUGGAGAGCCUGGGAGGCCCCCUGGACUUGGAGCUCCCCGAGGGCAGAGAGGCCAAUGAAGCAGCUUCCCCAGGGCCUAUGCGCAGGGCCCAGAGCUCUCUCUGCCUUCGAGAGGAGACCUCCUCAUCUGGACAGCGGAGGAGGCUGAGCUCCCGGUUUCCUGUGGUGCGGGGUUCUGAAUCCUUCAGCCCUGGGGAUUCCCCCCGCCAGCGUUUCCGUCAGCGUCGCCCUGGGCCUUUGGGAUCACCCGGUUCUGGAAACAGAGGAUGGGAUGGCUCAGCUGAUAUCUUGGAGGGACCAGAAGCUGCUGCUGAUCAAGAGGGUCCUGUGGAACAGGAGCCCAAGAAGGCUCCUCUCACACCAUCCCUCAGCCAGUGACCCUGCUCAGCGAGUUCAGAAGCCCACAGGACUGGGAGGACCAUACCAGAGGGGGCCCAGGGCAUAUAACAUGGCUGGGGAUGGGAAGGGAGGCUGGGGCUUGGGGGAAGGCUGGGCCCACCUGCUUGUGUGAGGCCUUCAGGAGGGCAGCCUCAGGCCACAGGAGCCCUUUUACCCCAAGCCUAGAAGCAGGUGGCUGGGGGUUUGAGGGACCCCUGGACCCUCCCGGCUUUGGCUUCUGCUCCAUUCCAUGGAAUUCAACCCUGUGUACCAAGCCCCUCCUCGUACAAGGCCCCAUUUCUGUUAUUUAAACCCUUGCUUUGACUUUGGCCAGGCAGGAAUAAAGCUUAUGAUGGAAGGUG